CUAAAACAACAGUAGUUCUUUUAUGGACUCGAAAUCGGCCGUACGUGUCGCGUCGAAUACCGGUGGAACUGCAUUGAACGAAUAUGACGUGGACGAUGAAGAAGAUUUCAUAAAAGUGUAUUUCGCGUCAGGCACUGUACUGAAGCCAUCCGACAAACCUUACGAUCUGCGGUCGAAAAUUUACGAAGCAAAUCGAGAGUUGGAAAACGCCAAUGAGAGCAAAUUCUCGAACGUGCCUGGAAAAGUCAAGUUCGACAACACUGUAGUAGUACUGGACAGUUUCGAAGACAUUGGUACAGUGUCGAUUGGCACGGAAACACUCCAAGGUGCCGAAGUUAUUCUUCCCGAACGUUUAAUUGAUGAUACCGAGGAUAAAGACAUUUUGGCCAAAAUCGAUUUGUUGAGAGAUGAUGAUGCAGACGACCAAAACGACGUAGUGUGCAGUUCAACUACCGAUAGGACGCAGGACACAGACACAGACGACAAAGCCUAUUCAAGCACUUCGUUCAGCAGGAGUUUUUCGUCCGAUUCCGACGACCCGCUGUUCAUAAACGUCAUCGAGUCCGGGGACGAGUUCAAGACGAUCAUGGACAGGAACAACAAAACGCGGCAAGGAUCGGCGAUUGACGAGCACGUGACGUACUUUCCGGAACUGUUCACCCACACGCAAUACAAGAUGUACGAAAACUGUGCGGAAAAACCGUUGGAAGACGGUGACGUAAACAUAUACGUUCCCAAGAAACUGGAUGCGGAGGAGCUGAGGACCAAGCUAAAGGAAAUCACGGGAGAGCGUAAACGCGGGGUUCAGGUAGCGGGGACGUUGAAUGACAGGAAAGUCGACUGCAAGCCCAUGAAAAAAGUCGGUUGUUUCGCAUCGUUGCGGAACGUACAAAAGAAAAUCAAACAAAAUAUAAAAACGUCCGAGAAAAAAGUCCAACCGUCGACUGCCCAGAUGCAGCAGCAGCAGCAGCAGGUGGUCCACUGCAACAAUGGUAACAACAAUAACAAUAAUAACAACAACAAUAUUAAUAAAAACAACAAGGCUCGCGUGACAUAUUACUUUGAAAUGGACCCAAAAGGUAAGCUCAAACCACUGAACAGUAAAACCAACCGUCAGGCAGUCGACGAAACGAGUUCUUCGAACAACUGCAACGACAAGUCUACGAAUAGGUUCUUCCACAUAAACCUGAGAGCUGCUAAAAACGGCGAGAACGCCAAGCCCCGGAUCACCAAGACUCCGAACUCGGAUUUGUUCCUGGAAUUUCAGACGGACAAGUCGGGCAAUAACAAGGGGGCGAAGCUAGUGAUCAAAAAGAAGCAGCAGCCCGCGGCCGGGGAAGAGCUGCAACACAGCCCGACGGGCUUGAACGGUGGAGGUAUCACCAAGAAGUCCUCGGCCGCUGGCAGCGUCGAACGUCCUCGUUUGCCGGGCUACAACGGCCUCCGAUCCGAGUACGGGCUGUCGGCCGAACAACUGUUGGAGAGGCGCAACACGAGAAUGGAACGAGAGAGGCGGAGGAAAGAGUUGAGGCAGAAGAAACACGAAGAAGAGCAGAAGAAGAGGGCGGAAAACGAAAAAAAUUUCUACAAAUGGCUGCAACAGAAGAAACAGCUGAAGAAACACUCGAAGACCAUCAGACGCAGCUACCCCAUGAACAGACUGACCGUGUCUUCCGCAAGAGUUUCCAUAAAUUCUACACACGACGGUGACCGACGCAAAGGAUCGUUUGCUCUGGAAGAACUGUUGAAGAUCAAAGACGAGAGUAGCGGAUGGUUUAAAUUUUAAAAAAGAAAUCGUUAUUUUGUUUAUUAUACAAAUACCGUUAAUUUAAUCAGUUAUUAGUUAAUAUUAACAUGAUAUCAUAUUUUAGAUACGACUGUGAAUUGCCUACAUGCAGUACCUACGUGAAAUAAAUAAUAUUAUAUUAUGCAAUGCAAUAUGCCAAUAUAUUAUAGAAUAUAGGACAUAAUAUAGACUAUAAUAAUUUUUUUUAAAUGUUUAAAUUAUUUUAUUCACGCGUAACCCAUGAGCUUGUGGUAUUAGGUUAUUUUCACAUAAUAUAUGUGACGAUGUUGAUAACAGCGAUAUUCUAUAGAGUUUUGUAUUAUAUCAUAAACUGGAGGUAAAUAUAUGGAUUGGCAUUAUUGAUGAAUAACUAAUACAAUAACAUUAUACUAUAUCACUGCCCAGUGCCCAUGACUGGUAAUUAUAUAUUCUUCCAACCUGUCAAUUUUUUUUACUUGAAUAUUGUAAUACAAAUUUUUUUAUUGCCACUUUUCAUCUAAUUCACAUUUAU